AUGCGCUUCGAUAUCACUGCAAUCAUCGCGGCUAUGGCCUUGACUGUCUCGGCAGACCGUAUGGAGGUCUUUACGAACUGCGCGGCUGGCAGUUGCCAUAGCGAUGAUGGCAUCUUUUAUACCGACUUUGGUGCCUAUCGUGUAAAUGCCAAUGAAGGGUGCCGAGGAACAUCAGUCCCUGCUAUGACAGAGUUCUGUAUGGACUGGGGCAACCGACGCGGCCACUUUAGGUUUUCUGGACAAGGCAAUAAGCGAUGCCUGGUUCAAGACUCCGAAAACAAGGUCGGCUGUGGAAGCGACGGAACGGACUGCUGGAAGACGACUUGGAAAGAAAUUGCCUGUUACUGGCGCGAGAUACCCAUUCCGGAAGAACAGCUGGCCACCGAGCCUCAUUCGACAUUUUUCACCAGUACAGUCCCUACUGUUGCCACCACUUUCGCUGGAAACUAA